AUGUCGAAUCGAGUGCACGUCGCGGGUGACGCGAAGGCGAAGGUGGGGGCAGUUGGAAAGGGGAUGACGACGAAUGACCGCGCCGCGCGGGAAAUCCUCCGGCGCAUGUUAUCCGUCGAGCAUAAGAUGGGGCUCCAAGCGUUCUGGAUGAAGUUUCUUUUGCUGCCCGACCAGAAUGCCCGCGUCACGCGGCUGGCGUACACGCUGGAGCUUUAUGCCGUGCUCUCGGGUCUCGUACUGUUCUUCGUGGCAGACAUCGUUGAUGUCGACGCCGACGGCGUUCUCGGGAAAAUAAGCACAAUCUUCGCCGUCUUCAGCGUCUUGAACUUGAUGUGCGUCAUCGCAUGUUGCCUUCAUCUGGGCUUCGCGGUAGUUGCCACGACCGGUCCGGCCGGUGUCGUGCUCCUGCUUCAACCGCUCGGGCAAGAAUUCGUACAGAUUGUGAUCGGGAUAGUAAGCGGACUGAUUGCGUUUGCACUUAAGCUGGCGGACCGGACCGAUGGGAAGUUCUGUAUUGCUCAAUGA